AUGGGCAACCAGGAGGCUAAGCAAAAGAAAGCUGCAGCAGCAUCAGGUAAUGGAAGCUACCCUUCACUGGAUGAGGGAUGGAGAGAGGGAGGAGGAGACACGACAAAAAAAGGAGGAAAGAAACUCAACAGUAAGCAUGGAGGUAAAGGAGCAGGCAGCAGUGGAGGAGGAGGGGGGAUGCAUGGCACAGGACCAGGCAAGAAGAAAAACAAAUCUGAGUCCAAGUCCUCUGUUUUCUCCAUCCGGAAGAGAAAGGGCAACCUGAAAGGGAAAGGAGACGUGUGUUCAUCAGUAACAGGCUCAAAGGAGGAUGUGUUAGCAUCUCAACAUGAUGAACUGGACAUCACAAAAACACCUGAUCUGUCUGCCGAUGAGCUUGGACAGUCGGAUACUGAGGCUGCUUUCCCUGAGAAGAAAAAGAAACCGGACCAAGAGAAAAAGGAUGGAGAUGGAGGGGGAGGAGAGCAGAAGCAGGAGAUGCCGCGGAAAACAUCAACAGCAGCAACCUCUCCGGAGGAUGGAGGGCAGAAGAGAGGGAGCUCGGGGUCAGACACCGAUAUCUACAGCUUCCACUCAGCAGCCGACCACGAGGAUUUGCUAGCAGACAUCCAGCUUGCUAUAAGGCUCCAGCACCAACAGCAGCAUGGGGGGGUUAACUCAAUUGUGGAGGCACAAGGAGGGGGAGGAAGGGAUCUGAGCUGGGGAGCGGGAGAGGGGAAGAAGCAGAGUAAUGGAGUAGUCAAAUUAACUCCUCCAGAGGAGCCUGACCUGACCCCAGAAUUAGAGCUUGGGUCUGAUGCGCUGUCAUUCCUAGAAACGGGAACUCUGUCUGGAUCUGUCAAGCACACAGAGCAGCCCCCAGGACUACACCUCCCCUUUCACACAGAGGUGCAUGAGAGGAGGGAAGAGGAGGAGGAGGAGCAUCCUGAGCUAAACGGGAAGGGGCCGAGGGAGAAGGAGAGAGAAGGCUCUCUUUGUGCUGCCACAGGCACAAAAGACCAGCAUGUUUGGGUGCAGCAGCCCCCUCACACAGCCAUCACCAUGGCUACUGCUGGGGGGGCAGCUGUCAACCCGGUCACCAUGACGACCAGUGAGGAGGAGGAGAGGGUGCACAGUGUGGUUGAUUUCAGUCCUCCACCCGCAGACAGCCACAACAAAAGUCCUGAACCCACAGAGGGGCUGAGCUCAGGGACCAUGUUUUUAGAAGGUGAGGGUCAGUUGGGCUCGGGUACCAGUGCUGAGUCCCUUGAAGAUUGCCUGAGCGUUGGAUCUGAACCCAACCACUCUGCUGCUGCCGGCACUAGUGCCUCCCCCUCCAACCAGCAGUGCAGGAGGAGCAGUGUCUGCUUCACCCCACUGCCUCCCCAGGAGAGCCCUACAUUGGCUAAACGUCUCCUCAGGUCCACCCACUCCUCCUCCUCCUCCAGCCCCGUGGUGAAACCCUACCCUCCCAUCUUCCCCUCCUACAUCAAGACCACCACCAGACAGCUGAGCUCCCCAGGACACUCCCCAGCCCUGUCACCCUCCCACAGCCCUCUGUCCCCACGCAGAGCCCACCAUCACCUCCACAGGACGACAGCUGAGGGUCACCAGGUCCGUAGACAGCGCUCCCGAAGCCUUGCUGGACCUCUGAGUCGCUCAGCUGACUGGACGGAGGAGCUUGAGAGGAGGUUGAGGAGCAGGGAGGAGGAUGGAGGCUCUGUGGGUUCAGGGGAAUAUCUGAUGGGCUACAGAGGUGGAGGCAGCCAACCCACCUGUGCUACCAGAAGAUCCUCCUGUGGACAGGUUUCUACCUGUGGCUUUCAAGAUGUCUUCAUGGGUCGAACUCUCCUGGAGAAGCUGUUCCUGCAGCAGCAGCAGCAGGAAGAGCCGGAGGAGGCUGAGAGGCUCUGCUCCAGGAUCUUAGCCAUGGGUCUCCUGCUGCCUUUCACCGACUGCUUCAGAGAGCAGCUUGGAGGCAGCACUACCCACAUCCCCUCCAACACAUCAGCCAAGUUUGAACAUGACCAGCUGUAUACUUGGGCAGCUGUUAACCAACCGCCCCACUCCCUGGAUCCUCUCGAUGGGAAGCUACCGGGGCAGCUCAAGGACUCCUGGCCUCCAUCCAGGCCAGGCGGAGACAACAGGACUGGAGUCAGAUCCACAGAGGCUGAAGUACAUGCGGCCAUCACGGGUUUGAGGCAACAACAAAUGGAAAGCCAAGAUUGUCAGGACGAAUGUGUCCUGAAAACAGCAAAACUGAAGGAAAAACACGUCAAUGUCAUCCAACAACUGGAGCAAACCAUUGAAGACCUCAGGACUAAGAUCGCUGAGCUGGAGCGACAGCCCCCUCUGCUGGACAGGGACAGCAUGAAACCCACCACUACCACCACAACCACAGACAGGGAGUGUGGAGGAGAGGAGGGCCUGCUGAGGGCUGUGUGUGAUGCUCACCUGCAGACUGAAGCAGCUUCCGCUCUGCCUGGCUGCCUGGAGGCCAAGUCAGUGCAGACCUCUCCCAUGGACGACAGCUUUAAGUUCAAAGUGCCUUGUAGUGAGCCGGGUGGAGUCAACGGCUUCCUGCAGCCUCCAUCCACACAGGACGGCUUCCAGUGUUCAUGUCAGCAGCAGCCUCCACCACCACCUCCCCUUCCAGGAGGAGCAACACCUCCUCAUCCUUUACCAGGACAGACAGUGGCACCUCCUCCUCCGCCACCUCCUCCUCCACCCUUACCAGGAGGGUUAAUGCCAGCUCCUCCACCUCCUCUACCACCCAGUUCAACAGUUCCUCCACCUCCACCCCCACCUCCUCCUCUUCCUGGUGGCCUUGCUCCACCCCCACCUCCUCCUCCUCCUCCUCCUCCUCCUCCCCUUCCCGCUGGCCUUGCUCCACCGCCACCUCCUCCUCCUCCUCCUCUCCCUGGUGGCCUUGCUCCUCCUCCUCCUCCUCCUCUCCCUGGUGGUCUUGCUCCUCCUCCUCCUCCUCCUCCUCCAUUACCAGGAAUAGGAGGCCCACCACCACCUCCACCACCUCCUGGCUGUGGGCCUCCACCUCCCCCUCCUCCACCAGGAGCAAUCUGCGUUCCUCCAGCUCUUCCAGGAGCUCUGGGCUCACUGCCUCCUCCUCUGCCAUUGGGGCUGUACGCUCUGGGUUUGACCCAGGAGAAGCCACCCAGGAAGGCUGUGGUGGAGCCGCCCAGACCCAUGAAGCCUCUCUACUGGACCAGGAUCCAGCUGCAUGCUAAAAAGGAUGUUUCUUCUUCGUUGGUGUGGGAGGCAAUAGAGGAGCCUGAUGUGGACUUUGGGGAAUUUGUAGAGUUGUUUUCCAAAACAGCUGUAAAGGAGAAGAAGCAGCCGCUUUCUGACACAAUCACCAAGUCCAAGGCCAAACAGGUUGUAAAGCUCCUAAACAACAAACGUUCUCAGGCAGUAGGAAUCCUCAUGUCCUCCCUGCACCUUGAUAUGAAAGAUAUCCAGCAUGCCAUUCUCAACUUGGACAACACAGUAGUCGAUCUGGAGACCCUGCAGGCUCUGUAUGAAAAUAGGGCACAGCAGGAGGAGCUGGACAAGAUUGAAAAGCACAUCAAGUCAUCUAAAGACAAGGAGAAUGCUAAACCUCUGGACAAACCUGAGCAGUUUCUCUACCAGCUCUCCCUCAUCCCCAACUUCUCUGGCAGAGUCUUCUGCAUCCUCUUUCAGUCCAGCUUUUCUGAGUGCAUGUCAUCCAUAAUUAGGAAACUGGACAUACUGCAGAGGGUAUGCAAGGCACUGCAGGGAAGUGAGACAGUGAGGCAGGUUCUAGGUCUGGUCCUGGCUUUUGGUAACUUCAUGAAUGGUGGCAAUCGGACCAGAGGCCAAGCUGAUGGCUUCACCCUAGACAUUCUGCCCAAACUCAAAGAUGUCAAGAGCAGCGACAGCAUGAGAAGUCUUCUGUCAUACAUUGUUGCGUACUACCUCAGACACUUCGAUGAGGAUGCUGGCAGGGAGACAUGUGUGUAUCCUAUCCCUGAGCCUCAUGACUUGUUCCAGGCUUCACAGAUGAAGUUUGAAGACUUCCAGAAAGACCUGAAUCGACUCAGGAAGGACCUUAGAGCGUGUACGUCAGAAGUGGAGAGGGUGUGCAAGAUUUCAGAUGAAGAUAACCUGCAGCCUUUCAAAGACAAGAUGGAGGAGUUUCUCUCACAAGCUAAAAGUGAACUGGAGACACUGGAAGCUCAACUCAGCAGCACUCACAAACUGUUCCUGGAGCUCACAGUGUUCUUCUCAGUGAAGGCCAAGGCAGGAGAGAAGGAGGUUUCACCCAACACACUUUUCUCCAUCUGGCAUGAGUUUUCCUCUGACUUCAAGGACCAGUGGAAGAAAGAGAACAAAGCCAUUCUCAAGGAGAGGUUAAAAGCAGCAGAAGAGUGUUUCCGACAGGCCAAGGAGAAAGCUUCCUACAGCGUCAAACCCAAACACGCCUCUGGCAUCAAAGCCAAGCUUGGCAUGAAGAUUUGACUCUGGCAUGCUUCUUUUUUUCGACUUUGGGCACCAACAGUGAGUCAAAGACUAAACAGUAUGAAGGAACCAGGAGAGAAAAAGAAGGGACGGCACAUAUAUGUGCAACUGAGCCUACUCUGGACAUUAGAAGUCAUGUUUUUUGUUUGUUUUUCUGGUUUUUAAUAGUUUGUCUGUCCUGUCAACCUGCUGCCUUACAUUGCUGUCUCAUAACUGAAUCCAACACAGCCAUGGAAGUAUUCUGCUGCAGGGCCACCAGGCCAUUCAGCUGUCUGCUUGAUUUCUAGUACUGUGUCAAUCAGAUGCACCACUGCAGGAAUCAACCCUGUGUUGUUGGGAAUCAUCACAACUCAAAACAUUACAGAGACAAACAUCAACUGGGAAAACAAAAUAUAGUCUGUGCAACCUAUAGCCUACUGUAAAUCUCACUAAUAUAGUCUUUUCAGCAGAAUGGUAAAGACAAACAACCUACUGCGUUAAAGGAGCAAUAAAAAUGUUAAGCACUUAUUUCCCCCGAACUGUAUCUCUCCAUUAACACACCAUAAGCUUAGCAAGAUGUGAUGGUGAUGAAGGCUGGCACAAGCAAGGGUGAGAGGACUCAGUAUUACAUUAUUAAUACUGACUGUAACUGUCUGCCUGGCCAUGUAGCAAUAUUUAAAGCGAGAUCAAAGCCACAGCUGUUGGAAUGGCUGUCCCCUUCAGUAUUGCUGAGUCAUUUUUUGGCUACACAAAAACA